AUGGAUGACACGGUUAAACUGCAGGUUGGUGAGCAGCAAUUCCUCACAACUCGAGGCACUCUAGUAGGCGAGAGCACCUACUUUGCUUCGCUAUUUUCGGAUCGAUGGAACAACCAGGAAGGUGAUGAUGGAUCGAUAUUCAUUGACUCAGACCCUGCGUUAUUUGCCGAAAUACUCCGUUACCUGCGGUCCGGCAAUUUCCCACUAUUCUUCGAUACCGGUUCGCAUAUGUAUGACUAUGCGAAGUACACUGCUCUUCUGGGCGAGGCUCAAUACUUUGGAAUCCCCAAGCUUGAGGGUUGGAUCCGAAAGCAGGGAUAUUUAGAUGCCGUCAAGAUAGACUAUGGCAUCGAUGUUGUUGAGAAUGUUGACCACAGACGUUCAUGGAGCACCACAGCCGAUCGAAGACUAAAAUUCUCUUUGGUCCCAUGGAUUUUGAAGACAUAUAGAUGCCCACGGGGAAUAUCUGUGCACGAAGGGCGCCCGGACAGGUGUGGACGACAAUGCAUCGCGACCCGGGGCGAAAACGAACCCGAAUAUGACGAGACGCAGGUGUUCACCUCCAUCGCGGUGAAAACGCAAUACAUUUUUAACCCCGAAGCUUGUUUGGGAGCUCGUGUCGACACUGAAAUGGACGAGUCACCAGUUGAUGAAAACCUAGAUAGUAAGCCUGGCCGGUAUGAGACUGAACCAGGAGUCUGA